AUGAAGCUCCAUUUGACAGUACUGGUCGGUAUCCUGGGAUUAACCAUGGUUCAUUGUCAAAUACUCCUUCCGGGGCUUCGAGUUCGGCAGGUUCCCGUGCUUGACAAGGGCCAAAUUCAAGUGGUUCAGUACCUCGACGCGGCCUCCACUGUAACACCUGAGCUGGUAAAGGAUCAAUUCAGUAGACGAUUUACGACGCUUGCCAAACCGUUAAUUAGUGGAGCUGCCCCUCAAACCAGUCUUCCAAACUUGUAA